UCCAUAUCACGAUGGGAGUUAUUGAGAAAUUAAUUUAUUUAAAACAAACGUAAAUAAUGGCUUUCGAAGAUCCUGCGCCUCGAAAUCAGGUGGUCGUUCUUCACACUGGAUACUCCCGCGAGGAGGGCACAGCCAUGAGGGCAAAUUGCACCUGUACUCUGGUCCGCUGUCGGGAUGGCACCAACAUCUUGGUGGACACAAUGACUGCCUGGGAUGGAGAACUCCUGCGCUCUCUUUUGUCGGAUCAGGGACUGGGCGUUGGUGACAUCCAUGUGGUGGUCUGCACGCACGGUCAUUCGGAUCACAUCGGUUGCAACUACCUUUUCCAGGAAGCGCGCAUGCACCUGGUCGGAGCGUGUGCGUCGCAUCGCGAUCUCUACAUGGAUCACUUUGGAAGCGAACAGGAAGACGAGCUGCUGGCACUAGACUCCAAUGGCGAGGUGGUGGUCCAACGGACGCCAGGACACACUCUGAGCUGCGUUUCGGUGGUUGUAAAGAACUCCCAGUUGGCUGGCACGGUGGGCAUCACGGGGGAUCUCUUCGAGCGGCGCGAGGACGUGGAUGACGAGAGCAUUUGGAAAGGCGCAGGGAGCGAGGAUGAGAAGCGUCAACGCGUGGAACGUAGCAAAAUAGCUCAGAUAUGCGAUUUUAUAGUGCCGGGUCACGGUCCACUGUUUCUGUUAACCACAGAAAUGCGGUCAAAGCUGAAGAAAGACGCUCUUGGUACUUAAAAUUGUAAAUUAUUUAUAAAAUGUAUUGUUGAUAAACAAAUUGUAAAUAAUUGGACCAUUGACUGUUGGUAAAGUAUUAUUGUGUUUGCGCAUAUUUCUUUUUGCACCCAGUAUUUUCAUCCAGAUUAAUAUUCUCCUGUACUUCAGGAUGGCCUGACUCAGUGGAACCCAAAAUUUAAAUAAAAAUUAAUUUACAAAUUAA